AUGGCAGUCCUUAACCAGUCCUUUGAGGAGGCUAUCCGGGUCACCCCUCAAGGCAACAACAAGUACAGCGCAAACCUGCGCAAUGAAUGGUGCAUUGGAACCGUCCCCCAUGGCGGCUACACAACAGCAGUCCUCUACAACCUCGCCCUAACACACUUCGCGCACGCGCAUCCAAAACAAUAUGACACCCCAGCCUCUCCAAUCUCACUCCAACUUUCCUUCCUCCGGCGCACAGCCGCCGGCCCCGCAACAUUGGAAGUAGAAGACGUGAAGAUCGGCCUGCGAACAAGCACAAUCCACAUAAAACUUCUCCAAGCCUCCGAGAAGCACGGCAAGCCCGAAGUCAAAGUCGCCGGCUACAUCACCGUCAGUCCUCCAUCCGCCGAAGUAGGUAUCAGCGCACCGACGGGGUAUAAACUCCUCCCUAGCCCGCCGCCAGGUUCCAAAGCGGACGGCAAGAUCGAUUUUCCUGCACUAUCACGCACAGGCCGCGACGGCGCAUGGAGCAAACUCGAGCCCCCAUUUCCCGAGUUCCGGCGCGCAGCUGCCCAGCUGGAACUAUAUGGCCCUGGGAAAAGUGACACACAACAAAAGCGUACCCGGUCAAUGGCCAUCGAUCAAUGGGCGCGAUUCAUUCCCGGUGGAGAUAUGAACGGGCGCUGGACCGACGCUGCGGUAGUCUACCUGACUGACAUGUUCCCCAUGGCCCUUGACGGAUUCGAUAAUGUGUCUGCGACUGCAGCGGCCAAGGCAGAGGGGAAAGAAGCGCCGGAUUUCAAGGCGAAGUUCUGGUAUCCGACUGUUACGCUGAAUAUUGAUAUGAAGAAGCACCUGCCGAAAGAGGGAGUGGAGUGGCUGUAUAGUCGCAUUGUGACGAAGGUUGUCAGAGAUGGGAGGACUGAUUUGGAAGUUACAAUUCUUGAUCAAGAUGGGGAGGUCAUUGCGCUUAGUACGCAGGUUGGGUUGGUUGUUAGUGCGGCGAGAAAUGUAGGGACGAGGAAGUUUGUGAAGUUGUAG